GUGAGGUCGGGUUGAGGGGUGGGGGGUAGCGGCGGUAGUGAGGGGAAGCGUGGGAUCCCGGCUUUGACUCAAGCACGACCGGCUCAGUACUGAGUGCAGGACAGACCGUGCACAUCGCACCUCCAUUCCUCCCCUCUCAUCAUCCGAAAAGGGCUCACGGUUAAAGUUUCUUUCUCUUUUAGUUUUGUUAACUGUAAAAAAGCAACGAAGCACCAAUGGAUUCUUCCUGCCGACAAGAAAUGUCGCAGAGUGGCCAGAAAAACUUGCCCAUUCAUUUCUCGGGGAACGGCAAAGCCAUCGGCGUCCUGACCAGCGGCGGAGAUGCGCAAGGUAUGAAUGCUGCUGUCCGUGCUGUGGUGCGUAUGGGAAUUUACGUUGGAUCCAAAGUGUACUUCAUUCAUGAGGGUUACCAAGGAAUGGUUGAUGGCGGGGAUAAUAUUGUAGAAGCAAAGUGGGAGAAUGUCUCCAGUAUCUUGCAAGUGGGUGGGACUGUAAUUGGGAGCGCCCGCUGCAAGCAAUUCCGUACCCAUGAGGGUCGUCUCCUGGCUGCCCACAAUCUGAUAAAGAAUGGAAUAACAAACCUUUGCGUGAUUGGGGGAGACGGUAGUCUGACUGGUGCCAAUCUCUUCCGUGAAGAGUGGAAAGGACUACUGAAGGAGCUCACUGAAAGUGGUAAAAUUGACAAGAAAGCAGCUCAUAAGUACAGCCACUUAAAUAUUGUGGGAAUUGUGGGCUCCAUCGACAAUGAUUUCUGUGGGACAGAUAUGACCAUUGGUACAGAUUCAGCAUUGCAUCGCAUCAUUGAAGUGGUGGAUGCCAUCAUGACCACGGCUCAGAGCCACCAGAGGACCUUUGUGUUGGAAGUGAUGGGUCGCCAUUGUGGGUACCUUGCUCUAGUGAGUGCCUUGGCCUGUGGUGCAGACUGGGUGUUCAUACCAGAAAGUCCUCCAGGUGAAGGAUGGGAGGAUCAGAUGUGUCAGAAACUGUCAGAGAACCGUGCGGGAAAGAAAAGGCUGAAUAUCAUAAUUGUAUCAGAAGGGGCAAUAGAUUGUAACAAUAAACCUAUAACUUCUGACAUGAUUAAGGACCUUGUAGUCAAACGAUUGGGUUAUGACACACGUGUGACCAUUUUGGGUCACGUUCAGCGAGGAGGUACACCUUCUGCGUUUGAUCGAAUCUUGGCCAGCAGAAUGGGGAUAGAGGCUGUGCUUGCCUUGCUAGAAGCUUCACCAGAAACUCCAGCCUGUGUUGUGUCACUGUCUGGGAACCAGGCCAUCAGAGUUCCUUUAAUGGAGUGUGUACAGAUGACAAUGGACGUUCAGAAGGCCAUGGAUGAAGGGCGGUUUGAUGAAGCGGUGAAGUUGCGUGGCAGGAGUUUUGAGAAUAAUUUAAAUACUUACAAGACUUUGGCACAUAGGAAAAUCCCAACCCAGCAACCUGCAAACCAAUUCAAUGUUGCCAUCCUUAAUGUGGGAGCUCCAGCUGCAGGCAUGAAUGCGGCUGUCCGCUCUGCAGUGAGAACAGGCAUCUCCGAAGGGCACAGAAUGCUAGCGGUCACUGAUGGGUUUGACGGCUUUAUAAAGGGGAAUAUCAAAGAAAUUAAAUGGGGUGAUGUUGGUGGAUGGACUGGCCAAGGUGGUUCCCUUUUGGGUACCAAACGCACCCUUCCUGUUAACAACUUGAAAGCUCUUGCUGAUCAGAUCCGUUUGCAUAACAUCAGUGCUCUGCUGUUGAUUGGUGGCUUUGAGGCAUACCUGGGCCUUUUGGAAAUGUUAGCAGGACGAGCCAAGUACGACGAGUUCUGUAUUCCGAUGGUAAUGGUACCUGCCACUGUCUCCAACAAUGUGCCCGGUUCAGACUUCAGCAUUGGUGCAGACACUGCCCUGAACGCUAUAACUGAUGCGUAUGAAGCGUUGCUGGAAUUGUGUUGUUAUCGUAAUUCUGUUGAGGAGUUUUGCAUCCCUAUGUGUAUUGUGCCUGCUACCAUAAGUAAUAAUAUGCCAGGUACUGAUAAUACUGUUGGAGCUGACACUGCUAUCAAUAUGAUUGUGGAGACCUGUGAUCGUAUCAAGCAAUCAGCGAGUGGAACAAAGCGCCGUGUUUUCAUUAUCGAGACGAUGGGCGGAUACUGCGGCUACUUGGCGAGCAUGAGUGGCCUGUCCGCGGGGGCUGAUGUGUCAUACAUCUUCGAGGAGAAGUUCGACAUCCAUGAGUUGCAGUGCAAUGUAGAACAUUUGACAGAAAAGAUGAAAACAAGUGUUCAGCGUGGUCUGGUUCUCAGAAACGAGUGCUGCAGUCAGAAUUACACAACAGACUUCAUCUAUCAGUUGUACAGCGAAGAAGGCAAGGGUGUGUUUGACUGCCGGAAAAAUGUCCUGGGCCACAUGCAGCAGGGUGGGUCGCCAUCUCCAUUUGAUAGAAACUUUGGAACAAAGAUUGCUGCCAAAGCCAUUCAGUGGAUCUCAUGCAAGCUAAAAGAAUAUUACAGACAAGGAAGAAUAUUUGCAAAUUGUCACGAAUCUGCUUGUUUACUGGGCAUGCGUAGACGCACCCUGGUGUUCCAGCCUGUAUCACAACUGAAAGAAAUGUCUGAUUUCCAGCAUCGGAUUCCAAAGGAGCAAUGGUGGCUGGCCCUCCGCCCACUGAUGAAGAUUUUAGCCAAAUACAAGAUUAGCUACGAUCUGUCCAAUGCUGUCGAAAUGGAGCACGUUGACCGACGUACACAUGAAAAUCGCAAUGCCCUUGCAAUUUAAAAGCAGCCUCAGGUUGUGUGAUGGAACAGCAUUUACAGUAUAUUGCCUAGCAAAGGAUAAAAAGCAGCUUCUAAUUUGCGCUGUAAUGGUUUGGUAUGUUGUACUGUUACUUUUUAUAGAAAUAAAAGUAGGCAUCCUGUACCCUUUUCGACACAUUCGCUCAGGCUUUGCCCAGUCACUGAAAGCAGUGAAUCAAUUGGUUCAGCAACAUUGCUAAUACACCAAAAACAAAAUACUGUAGUACAAUAUAUUGCUUCUUGAUGCACUAAGUAUUUAUUGUGUGGAUCACCUUAAAGAGAAUAGUUUUAAUGUGAACUAUCUAAAAGAUAUAUUUAUGUGACAAUGUAAUUGUGCUGUAGUGAAGUGAAUGUUUAUUUUUUUUUCCUCCCCCAGCUUCAAAUAAAAUCCUAUGGCUGGUCCUGUA